AUGAUGGCGGAGCUGGUACAGGGCGGAGGACAGGCCUCAAUUGGCCAGCCGGGGCUCAAGUCGGACGGCUUGGCCGAUGCGUUGCAGCGGGCCCGACAGAUGGCGGGGAAGAUCGGCGGCAGUGGCAGUGAGGCCAUGGCGCACAUAAACAGCUCAACUGCAAGCUCGGAACCGUCACUCUAUUACAAGCGAGCCUGCGACGACACAGGUAGUCAACUGUCAGCUGUCGGCCAUCAAAGGGUUUUGACGGAGGAUUACAAGGUUCCCGACAGGAUGGUGGGCUUCAUCAUCGGCCGAGGUGGCGAGCAGAUCACCAGGAUCCAGUUAGAGUCGGGAUGCAAGAUCCAGAUCGCCGCCGACAGCGGCGGUCUGAUGGAGCGUCCGUGUUCCCUGACCGGAACUCCAGAGUGCAUCGAGCAAGCUAAGCGUCUCCUGGUUCAGAUUGUGGAGCGCUGCAGAAAUGGUCCUGGUUACCAUGGCGACGGGGAGGGCGGGGUCCUUGUGCAGGAGAUGCUGAUCCCGGCCAGCAAGGUUGGGCUCGUUAUUGGUCGAGGAGGAGAAACCAUCAAGCAGCUGCAGGAACGUGCGGGCGUCAAGAUGAUGAUGAUCCAGGACGGUCCCAUGCCCACAGGAGCUGAUAAACCUCUCCGCAUCUCUGGAGACCCAUACAAAGUUCAGGUGGCAAAGGAGCUGGUGCUGGAGGUGAUCCGGGAGAAGGAUGCCGACUUCCAUUCGGGACGCAGUGACUUCUCCGCCCGGCUGGGAGGAACCAGCCUGGACGUUUCUGUGCCGAGGUUUGCUGUCGGCAUCGUCAUUGGCCGCAACGGCGAGAUGAUCAAGAAAAUACAGAAUGAUGCCGGCGUGCGGAUUCAGUUUAAAGCGGAUGACGGCAUAAGUCCAGAGCGUGUAGCCAUGGUGAUGGGCCAGCCGGAACGCUGUCAGCACGCGUUGCAUCUCAUCAAUGAUCUCAUCCAGACUGCGCAGGAGCGUGACGGCUUUGGCUCGGCGCUUAGGAGCAGCCGGCUUCGAGGUCGUGCGGACUGGACCGUGGGUUCUCCUGGUCCCGUUCAAGAGGUCACAUACACCAUCCCGGCCGACAAGUGCGGACUGGUCAUCGGCAAAGGGGGUGAAACCAUCAAGAGCAUCAACCAGCAGUCGGGAGCCCACGUGGAGCUCCAGAGAAACCCGCCUCCCUCCACCGACCCUAAUACACGGGUCUUCACAAUCAGGGGGUCCGCGCAGCAGAUGGAACAUGCGCGACAGCUCAUUGAUGACAAGAUCGGGGGUUCUGGUAUCAUGAGUAACGGAGGUUUCAGUUUCAGUCACUUCACUCAAGGCCCCACCCACCAAAACUGUGGUGGUCCUCAAACCUUCCUGACGGGCGUGUGGGGGAACACAUACCAGACUAGUUGGCAGAACACUGCCCAACAAGACCCAGGUCAGCAGAGUCAGCCUGCGAGUGUGAUGAGCGACUACAGCAAAGCAUGGGAGGACUACUACAAGAAACAAAGUCAGUCGUCUCAGCAGAGUUCAUUGCCGGACUACACAGCAGCGCUGGCUGAGUAUUACCGCCAACAGCCGUACCUGUGGAACCCUGCCCAGAUCCAGAUGACGAUGGAUGGUGUCCUUGGGGAUCCCCUCCCAGAUCUGAACGUGGGCAUCACUGAGUUUCUGGACAGUCUGAGGAGCAACCUGGCAGCACCAGAUUGGAACUAA